GAGCGAACAGCUCGCUCGUAGCUCGUCUUCCUCCUUUUUCCCCCCUCUCUCUCUCUCUCCGUCCACGCGCACGGGCAGCUACUAGUGGGAGGCCGUACUGAGUCGAGCGUCCGAGUUGAGCGAGCGGCUGACGAGUUGAUCUGAAGAUGGCGACCUUGGGCCGGGCGAUAUACACCGUCGGGUUCUGGAUUCGGGAGACGGGGCAGGCCAUUGACCGCCUCGGCUGCCGGCUCCAGGGCAAUUACUACUUCCAGGAGCAACUGUCUCGGCAUCGAACCCUUAUGAACAUAUAUGAUAAAGCUCCUGUUGUCCAUAAGGAUGCAUUUGUGGCCCCAAGUGCCUCUAUCAUUGGAGAUGUUCAAGUGGGACGAGGUUCAUCAGUUUGGUAUGGUUGUGUUUUAAGAGGUGAUGUGAACAGCAUCAGUGUUGGAUCUGGAACUAACAUUCAAGAUAACUCCCUCGUGCAUGUUGCCAAAUCAAAUUUGAGUGGGAAGGUGCUGCCAACUAUCAUUGGCGAUAAUGUAACUGUAGAAAAAAAAAAAUUGAAAUGGGCAGGUCAUAGCGCUGUUUUACAUGGCUGUACUGUUGAGGAUGAGGCCUUUGUGGGAAUGGGAGCAACCCUUCUUGAUGGUGUUGUGGUCGAGAAACAUGCAAUGGUUGCUGCUGGAGCUCUAGUAAGGCAGAACACGAAGAUUCCUUCUGGAGAGAUAUGGGGCGGCAAUCCUGCUAAAUUUCUUAGAAAGCUCACGGAAGAAGAGAUAGCAUUUAUUCCUCAAUCUGCGACCAACUACUCCAACCUCGCACAGGUCCAUGCAGCUGAGAAUGCGAAGCCCUUCGAUGAGAUUGAGUUCGAGAAAGUUCUCAGAAAGAAGUUUGCCAAGCGGGAUGAAGAGUACGACUCCAUGCUGGGCGUUGUUCGUGAAACUCCACCAGAGCUCAUUCUUCCAGAUAAUGUGCUGCCUGACAAAGCACCUAAGGCCCCCCAGAAAUGAGAUCUUUAAGAAGCAUUUGGGAUUAUCAAUUUACAUCUUUGGAAUUGUCGGCAAGCAGUGUUUGCUAUGACGACGGACAAUUUUUGUUGCCCAAUAAUGCCUGCUGACUUGUUUUUAGGGUAGUGUCUGGCAGUUCAUUCAGCUCCCAUCUUAGUUUCUUUUCAGCUGUGGAUGUUUCAGACAAUGAUUCCUUCUAAGAGAAAGUAACGGCGGAAAGUAGUGGGUGCUAAUGUGCUCUAUGAUGCUGAUUUCCUAAAGAAAGUUGAGUUUCUCCUGGC